CCAGUUUUCCAUAAACCAGAGUACAGACCGCACCGAGUUAGAUUGUAAACUUGGAUCAGGACUGGUCCGCGGGUCCCAGGGAGUAGGUUUUGAGAGCUGGGGGUUGAGUUCACGAUGCGCUGUUAACAGAAAAACCUGCAGCCAGUCUUGUUUUCAGAGAUACCUAAUUCUCGCCCCUGCUGUGCUCGCCACCCCCCUCCCAGGCGCUGGUGGUUUGGUCUUGCUCCCCGUACCUCCCCCCACCCUGCGUGCUGAGUGGCUGUGCCGGGAGGGCCCGCCUCCCGACCACGUGUUCGCGGGCGCCGGGCUUUCCGCCGCUUGGCAGGUUUUGUUCUGCGAGCAGUUUUCUGGCCUGCGGUUUGGACCUCGGAGCGGGGCUGUGCACUGUUCCGUGGCUGCUCAGUGGCCACGUCUGCACCCUAUUCCCGCCCCAGGUCGGCUCGGUUCUGGGACGGGCUCCAGGCGCCAUGGCUUCCCGCGGGAGGAAGCGGAAGGCCGAGGCGGAGGUGGUCGCGGCGGCCGACAAGCGGGAGAAGCGGGCUGGCGGCCAGAAAGGAGUGGAGGAGGCGACCGUGGUUAUCGAGCAUUGCACGAGCUGACGCGUCUACGGGCGCAACGCCGCGGCCUUGAGGCAGGCGCUGCGCCUGGAGGCCCCCGAGCUUCCAGUGAAGGUGAAUCCGGCCAAGCCCCGGAGGGGCAGCUUCGAGGUGACGCUGCUGCGCCCGGACGGCAGCAGUGCGGAGCUUUGGACUGGGAUUAAGAAGGGGCCCCCACGCAAACUCAAGUUCCCCGACCCGCCAGAGGUGGUAGAGGAGCUGAAGAAGUACCUUUCGUAGGGAGGUUUGGGCAGAAGUCCUCACGGUGAGCAUUCUGUCCCUGGUGGUGUUGGAGCAUUUAUGACGGGACAUGGCCAAACUUCAGCCAUGUGCCUGAAGCUGUGGUUUCUACCCCUCCAGAAAUGAUGGUUCAGAUGUGAGGCAACCCUCUAGUAAGGCAUUGAAAAGUUCUUGGAUUUGGUUUGUUUAAUAAAAAGUUGAAAUAAAA